GCAGCAGUGUAGGAUGAGUGAUCAACAAACUAAUGGGAAAAACUCAACGGCCAGUUCGAAUGACUUCAGUGAUCCAGUUUACAAAGAAAUUGCUAUAACCAAUGGUUGUAUCAACAGAAUGACCAGAGAAGAGCUCAGAAGCAAACUUGCAGAGUUCAAGCUUGAAACCAGAGGAGUGAAAGACGUGCUGAAAAAGAGACUGAAAAACUAUUACAAGAAACAGAAGCUGAUGCAGAAGGAACCCCCUGAUGAAGACAGCUACUAUGACUACAUCUGUGUUGUUGACUUUGAAGCAACAUGUGAAGAGGGAAACCCUCCUGAAUUCAUACAUGAAAUAAUUGAGUUUCCUAUUGUCUUACUAAACACACAUACCCUGGAAGUAGAGGAUACCUUUCAGCAAUACGUGAAGCCAGAGAUUAAUCCCAAGCUUUCAAACUUCUGCAUCAGUCUGACAGGAAUCACCCAGGACAUUGUUGAUAAAGCUGAUACAUUUCGUCAAGUUCUGCAGAAUGUCAUAGAGUGGAUGAGACAGCGAGAGCUGGGAACAAAGUAUAGCUAUUGCAUGUUGACAGACGGAUCUUGGGAUAUGAGUAAAUUUUUGAACAUCCAGUGCCGUAUUAGCCGUAUCAAAUACCCUUCUUUUGCCAAAAAGUGGAUCAAUAUUCGCAAAUCAUACGGGAACUUCUAUAAGGUUCCUCGGAACCAGACCAAGCUGAUGAUCAUGCUCGAAAAGCUGGGCAUGAACUACGAUGGGAGACCUCACAGCGGACUCGAUGACUCUAAAAACAUUGCAAGGAUAGCUAUAAGGAUGCUGCAGGAUGGCUGUGAACUGCGGGUGAAUGAGAGAAUGCACGCUGGACAGCUUAUGACAGUCUCCUCCUCAGCCCCCUUAGAGGGAGCCCCUGCUCCACAGAUGCCCCGCUGCAGAAACUAGCAGUUCAGGGCUUCUGCCAGAGGAACUGCUCACAGAAACCCGCUAAAGACUGUUAAGAGUUUAUUAAACCGCUGCCUUUGCCAACCUGUCUGCAAUGCAGAAUCUGAAAGCACCUUAACUAAUCGUCUCUGUUGAAAGAAAGAGGAGCAUGGAAGCUCUUUGAAGCCUGUGUUACAGCA